AUGGAGGUUCUUUACAAGGAAUAUGGAGUGCUAAUAUCCCAAAUAAAGUUCACUAUGGAUCUGCUGAAAGAGUUUGAGUGUACUGAGUAUACCAACCUGUCAUCACCCCUUGAUCCUUCUACAAAGCAAAAAGCAUAUGGGAGUCCACUAUUCCCUGACCCUUCUAACUACAGAAAGUUGGUAGGGAAGUUGAACUUCUUAAAAAAUACAAGGCUUGAUAUAUCCUAUAGUGUCCAACAUCUUAGCCAGUACAUGCAGUCACCUAGGGACGCUCAUUUGAAAGUUGCAUACUAUGUUUUGAGAUAUUUGAAAGGCGAUCCAAGUCUGGGCAUAGUUCUUUCCAAUAGCAAGGACUAUGGAAUUAGGGCCUUUUGUGACUCAGAUUGA